AUGGCGCGGUUCCAGUUUGGUUUCAAGGCGGAGAAGCGAGGGCUCUUCUUCCUCAAGAAGGCCAAGCCGGCGGCGGUGACUUCAGCAGGUGCACAGAGUUUCGCCAGCCAGGGCUCUUGGGGGUACCCAAAGUUCGUGCAAUGGAAUGCGUUGGAGAAAUCGAAGCAUCUCAAGGGUGAUUCGUUCACCAUCAGGUGCGACCUCGCCGUCCUCAAGAGGGUCCGCAUCGAGGGGACUGCCCAAGAAGCAGCUCCAAAGUUCGUCGACGUUCCCCCGUCCGACCUGAAGCAGCACCUCAGCGGCCUCUUCCUCGCCGGAAGCGGCGCGGACGUCGUGUUCGAGGCUGGUGGCGAGACAUUCCCGGUGCACCGCUGCGUGCUCGCGGCACGGUCGCCGGUGUUCAGCGCGGAGCUCUUUGGCUCGAUGAAGGAGGGUAGCGCCAACGAUCUGGUCCGCAUAGAUGGCAUGGAGGCGCAGGUGUUCAAGGCUCUGCUCUGCUUCGUCUACACGGAUUCGCUGCCGGAGAUGGGAAAAGAAGAGGAAGACGCCAUGUGCCAGCACCUGCUUGUCACGGCGGACACGUAUAACAUGGAGAGGAUGAAGUUGGUUUGUGAAGACAAGUUGUGCAAGCACAUCAAUGUAGGCACGGUGGUGAACAUCCUGGCACUGGCUGAACUGCACGGCUGCCCCGGGCUCAAGACUGCAUGCAUCCAUUUUCUCAGCUCUCCGGCAAAUCUGAGGGCAGCCAUGGCCAGCGACGGCUUCGAGCAUCUAAGCACAACCUGCCCCUCUGUUGCCAAGGAGUUGAUCGCCAUGUCUUCCGCACCUUAG